AUGGUCAACUUUUUGGCGGUUAUUUCUCCAAGUGUUCUGUAUAUCGUUGUUCUUAUCGUUUUAUUUCGGGAACGACGGAAAGGCGGUGGUUCCUACAAAAUAAUGUUUAACUUAGGCGUGGCUGAUAUCAUUCAAAUGUUGUGCUUCACACCAUGUUGGCUAACAUAUUUUAUUGGAGCUACUUCAAUAAAUCCCCUUCUGAACAAGAUAAAUGGUUCAAUGCUAAACGCAGCGUGGAUGACUUCAAUCAAUUUGAUGACAGUGCUGGCGAUUAAUCGAUUUGCAGUCAUUGUCAUCGGCAGAAAGGCUGAACUGUUCUUUGAGGGAAUGGGCUUGAACAUAAUCUUCAUCGUAUUGUGGCUAAUCACCAUCGUCUACUUCAUCAUCUAUAUGACACCUAUACUCACUGUUGUUUAUGUUCCUAAGCGAUUCGGAUGGCUUUACACCGGAAAUGAACCAUACUUGACUUUUGCUAGGUGUAAGCAGCAGGAAUGGAAAGUCAUUGCAGGUCGAUCAGAAGCAAAACAAUUGCCGUCAUCAGACGCCUAUUUCGAGGUGGUCAUUCAAUCGCAACAACAACUGUACAAGCAAACUCAUCUCGUCAGUGAAUUCGCGUGA